GGAUGCCCGAGGCCAAGAGCCCCCGCCAGGACGGAAGGCCCUGGAAGAAGAAGCAGCCGGCGCGCCGCACGGUCAGCCAGAUCUGCCCGCCCCCGCGGCGCCCGCUGACCGUGGCCGACAUCCGGCCGGGCAUGGAGAACGAGCGGCUGGGGGUCGUGAGGGAUUCCAUGUUUCAGAACCCGCUCAUCGUCAAGGCUGAACUCGGCAAGCCGCGGGAAAGGAGCUGCAGCCUGCCUGGGAUCGACUUCAACUACGGCCUCUACACUCGGGGGCAGGACGGAGGGGUCCCAGAAGCCAUUGGUCACUGGCACGUGUUUAAGCAGCAGCCCACCUGCCCCCAAGAGCUGACCAGGAAUUACAUCGCCAUGAACCGCGGGGCAGUGAAAGCUGGCCUGGUGACCGCCCACGAGGCCCUGCUCUACCGCCAGUUCAAUGAUAUCCGCAUCAGUGACCAGGAGGACCGGCGUCUGAAGAAGGAGCCACCCUUCGUCCCUCCAAACAUAACGUUUGGGGUGAGGGCACGGCCGUCCACCCCCUUCUUUGACCUGCUGCAGCACCGGUACCAGCAGCUGUGGGUGCAGGAACAGAAGGCCGCCCAGAAAGCCAUUAAGCUGGAGAAAAAGCAGAAGGUGGUCCUGGGGAAGCUGUACGACACCCGGAGCAGCCAGCUGAGGAAGUACAAGCCGCCUGUGAAGCUGGACGCCCUCUGGCACAUGCCGCACUUCCAGAAGGUGGGCGCCCACCUUGACACGUUCCCCACCGAGGCCGACCGCCAGCGAGCUCUCAAAGCCCUCCGGGAGGAGCACCCCGUGCGCCAGGGGACCCUGCGGAUGGGCAACUACACCCACCCCUGAGGCCCUGACCCCACACAGCCCCCCGACUCACUCCCUGCCCCGUGCCCACGCACGCCCUGCGCUGGCUAGGACCUCACAGUCAGGUCUCAGGUUAGUUAUUUUGCUAAGAGUCCCCCCUUUUUUAGCCACCCCUACCUGACCUGAGUCUCGGGGGCCCUCUACCUUGGGGCCUCCUCCAACCCUGCGCCCGCAGGGCACCCUGGCAAGGCAGACAUCAGCCCCCAGGCUAAGGGCCAGGCGUCUGCUGCCCUCACAGAGCGGCCUGCUGCUGCCUGCCUCCCCCUCCAUGCCCGCUGCCCUGUCCCGCCAGCCAGUUGUCUCUGGGGCUCCUUACGGGGUCCUCUCCCCCUCCCCCGGCAUCAAUCCGGGGCACCAAGGUGGGCUUCCCCACCCAGACCCACCUGGCCACCCCUCAGGAGGACAGCGCCCCCAGCUGGGCCGGCUGAGCACGCGCAGGCCAAUCUCCCGGGCCAAGCUCUUGCCUUGGUUUCCUGCAUGUUCUUUGGCUUCUCCCCACACGUGUGUACUGAGCUACUUGAGACAUAAACGCUACUGC